AUGGUCGCCAAGCACUCACUAAACCCGAUGAACUUUUACUUCGCCGCGACACUCACAGAGGCCCAAAUUACUGAUUUGCCCGCGGAAGUAGACGGAAAAAAUCGGCGGGAAUCAGAACAGAUGUUGAUUUCGAACCUGUAUUUGUGUCUGGGGGAAAAGGGGCAGGAUGAACUGCACAAAAGACGACCACACCUGGACCUCCAGACGAUUCGUUACCCACGGAUGAUAGACGCGCUGGAAACGGAAUUUAAGAAAGAAAGAAAUGAAACAUAUGAAACAUACCAACUCCUUUCUCGUAAACAAUUUAUCAAUGAAAGUUUGGAGCAAUUCCACUCCGUACUCAGCGGAUUGGCAGCGCGGUGCAAUUUUGGAACAUUAGAGGAGCGAAUACUAAGAGACGUAUUCAUUGUUAACAUGAAUAAUCGGGAUGCACAAAAGGAACUAUGCAGGUCGACGAAAACACCUGAGGAAGUGUACCGGAUAGCUCUCUCGUACGAGAGGGGUAACAAGUAUGCAUCAUCAUAUGUUGCCACGAGACCAGUGGGGGCCCCAGGAUCAUCAUCAGGAGGCAGAGGAAUCCAAAUAAAAUCGGAACCAGUCGGAAUAAUCCGUGGAGGUUAUCGGAACAAUCGUGCAAGGGGCCGGGGCUCUUACCAAGGGCGAGGAUCGUAUCGAGGCAGAAAUCUCCCCAAUAACAAUAAAUGUUAUAACUGCGAUCAACAAAAUUUCACCAGGGAACACUUGGACAGAUGCCCAGCAAAGGGGGUUACAUGCAAUUUUUGCCACAAAAUUGGCCAUUUCGAACGAACCUGCAGGGCAAAACGUGGAAACCAGCGGGGACAGGGAGCCGUAGGAAUGAUACGGGAGAAUGGCGAUGAUCAUCACCUAGAAAAUUCGGCGGACGAAGAAGCAUCACAACAUGCAAGUUCCAUUGGAUGGGUUAAUAAGAAUCCAGUGGUGCACUCGUGGGACUCAAGCAGUUCCGACGGGGACUAUAUGGUCAUGGCCAUAAAACGAAAAAAAGUAACAGAAAUGAAAGUUGCUGGGGCACAAUUGCCGAUCAAAGUCAAUGGGAAACCCACUCGAGUGUGGAUCGAUAGCGGGUCCCCAAUUUCAAUUUUCACCAUCGGGGAAUUACGAAAAACUUUGGGAACAUCAGGAGUAAAACUGGACAAUCUUACGGAGGAGGACAAUGCUUUUCGGGAUUAUGGGAACAAUCCAAUACAGAUGAUUGGAACAAUGGCAGUAACAAUACAAUCAAACGGCUGGAAGAUCCAAUGCAAAGUGUUUUAA